AUGACUGAGGUUGUUGGAAUUGUCCUUUAUGAUAAAAAGGCGGAAGAUCUCGCUAAAUGGGUGUUAAACGACACCCUCAAAGGCAAGAUGCAGGAUCGCGUGGGCUCUUUUAUUUGCGUACCCGUAAUAGAGUGCUCUGAAACAGAGACAAGCUGGGGCAAAGAAGGGGAGGUUUCUUCCUCACAUGCAAUAGCUGACUGCUACGCCUACGCGGCCUCCACAGCGAUAGAAAAUCACAUUAUCUAUGCCGUAGAAAGUGCACAAAGCGAGGGUACGCCUAGAUUCUUUGUUUUCCUUCUGAUUGUAGUCUUUUGGAAUGGUCAAUGUGAUACCAGCAAGGCAGCCUUUAUGCAGCUUCGUCAGAUAGCCGACGGUCACUCAGACCGGUACAAAACACUACUCCAUCGUAUUCAGGAGCUGAUAUCCACCACGAUGUCAAGUAAGACAAGAGACCAAGAAGUUUCAUUUGAGGUACUUGUUCAAGCUCUAAAUGCUAAAGUUGGCAAUCAUAAGAUAUACGAAAGUAGCGCGACGCUUGUUGAGUGCAUUCAGCGGAAGCUCAGGAGCUCGCGUUCGUUCGCAGCGAAGCAAAAUUCAGAAACGGUGGUACGCGGCGAUACACAGUUUGCCAUUCACCGUGAUGCGGUGAAUAUGAACUUCACAAACAAUCCCACUCAACCAUCGUCUUCGAAGGUGUUGUUCGGCGAGAACGACCUCUCCUCAGAUGCCAUUGACUCCAAAGUGCAUAAAGGGCAAGGAGAUUGUUUUUUUAUAGUUAGUGGGGCGAAUCCUGAGGUCUUCGCUGCGCGCGUGAACGAGCUCCGAGCGAACGCGGAGAAAGUCCAAGUCACCUGUAUUCCCAUCCUCGCGGCGCCUCGCGAGGUGCUGUUGGAUCGACUUUCAAGCUCACGGACGACCUCCUCUUCGCCAGACGUUGGGAAGAUAAAAGUCAUCGCCCAGGAGUUUCUCCUUCGCCGUAAUUGCCCUGGGAAGUUUACGCCUGAAAUGCGCCUCGCGCUUUGCGGGAAUGUAGAUAGUGGAAAGUCCACGCUAACAGCGGUUCUCACGCGCGGCUGCCAUGACGAUGGUCGUGGAUUUGCGCGUUUGUUUGUGUUUAAACACAAACACGAGGCGACCACCGGACGGACUUCCUGUAUUAGUGAAAACUACAUCGGAUUUUCUAGCACCGGUGAGGUUGUAAAUUAUCAAGCCACAAAGCAACUGGGAAAGACAGCGGUGGAAGCCUCAGCAAGAGACUUUCAUACGACCGAUGCGGUGAGCAGCCCCUCCCCUUUAAUCACCGAAGAAAACGAAACUGAAAAGGAAAAAACAAAACCCGAAACGUUAACCUCCACGGUAAAAAAUGAAAACUCGGCUGGUAAUCAAGCCUCACUGGCAGCCGCCGUAGCCCGACAAUACACCCCGCAGGAGCUUUCCCUACGCAGCAGCAAGAUGCUUACCCUUUACGAUCUUGCCGGGCAUAUGCGCUAUCUAAAAACCACCGUACUCGGACUAACGCGAAACGUCCCGGAUUACGCCUGUAUUGUGAUUAGCGCCAACAACGGCAUUCAGCGGAUGACCAAAGAGCAUUUGGCGCUUUGCCUUGCGCUGAAAGUGCCCUUUUUCAUCGUCAUCACGCGGAUUGACUCGACCCCGCGGAAUAUUCUCGCCGAGCUGCUGGCCAAUUUAGGUCGUUUACUGAAGCUGCCCUCUGUCCGGAAGAUCCCCUAUCCCGUCCGCAGCCCGGAUGAGCUCGUGCAGGCCGCGAAGAACCUGCGACACGAUCGGGUCGCGCCGAUCUUUGAGGUCAGCAACGUCACCGGCCUGGGCAUCCCGCGGCUGUUACAAUUCCUGAAUCUUCUGCCCCUCCGAAAGGACUGGGUGGAGGCGCGGGGGAAGCCACGGGAGAUGAUCAUCGACAACAUCUUCUCUACCUGUGUCGGGACGGUGGUCGGGGGGGUUGUCACACAGGGGGUUUUUCACGUCAACGAGAACGUCCUUCUGGGGCCGAACCCCGCGGGGAAUUAUCACCUCGUCGGGAUUAAAUCGAUUCACGUGCUGGGGGCGGACGCGGCGAGCGCCUCGGCCGGUCAGGACGCGGCGUUUUGCUUGAAAAAGGUCAAGCGAGGUGCAAUUAGGAAAGGGAAUAUCCUCGCAGAGCCGCAGCCCCCGCCGCAGGCGUUUUGGCAGUUCGAGGCGGAUAUUGUCGUGCUUUAUCAUUCCACAACAAUCACAACCGGGUACGAACCGAUGAUUCACUCCCCUACUGUCCGCCAAUCCGCAAAGGUGAUCAAUGUCGAGCAGGAGGUCCUCCGCACGGGGGAUCGCUCGCUCGUGCGUUUUCACUUUUUAUACCGCCCGGAGUUCAUGAAAGAAGGUCAGCGGCUGAUUAUGCGGGAGGGCAACACCAAAGGCAUCGGUGUGGUAACCCGAUUGAUGGAAAAGCCAGAUGAGAGAAUCGGGUUGAGGUCGUUAAAAGGAAAACGGCAGAUGCGUUUGGCUCCUUUUGUCACUCCCCCAGCUGGGAUGGCUGGAGAAGAAAACAACAAUAGGCCAUUGCGAAAAGAUAAACAAAAGAAAUGA